ACAGCGCCUUGGCAAACUCAGUGCUUCGCCGGCAUCCCGGUCAAGCCGGGUCAUGGCGGUGGAGGUAGAUCCUUUGCAAGUCACGAAUUGGUCCGAGGUCCCGGGCUUGGCGAGAUGGAGCUCCAAGGCCAACACCGAGGCUGAAGUGGGCGCUCCGCCGGCGCCGGAUCUUGCUGGAACUGCGGCAACAUCCUCCGUGCCGGUGGCGACAUCCUCCGCGCCCAAGGCCAGCACCAGGCAGCACAUCGCAAGAAGUGUCGAAUCUGCUAGUAUGGUGAAUGAUGACGGUCACAUUCAGGUGCAGCAUUUGAGGGAGAUGCUCGGAGCUCUUCAGGUCCCAGAAGAGCACUUCGACGUACUCAUCAAAGGCUCGGGUGCAACAGUCGUAGAUGGUCACGUUCAUUUGCAUGACUUCCUUUCGUGGCUCUUCCCGGAGGAGGAGGUGAAGCCACGAGGCACGGGGUCUUUGUUGGAAGGCCUCCAUUCGGGGCAGCUCACCUUAGAGGACACUUGGGUCCAGGCCAGCUUUAUGAUGCAGCUGGAUGAGCUUUUGAAGGCUCAUCCCUAUUUGGAGCCUGGCUCCACGGAAUCGGCUCAUCCCUUGCAGUACUGGGUCACCAGGUGUCGAGCAGCCUUCACCCGGAAGAAGUUCGGUGAGGCCCAGGAGUCCUUGCGGCGCCUCCUGGCAGGUUUGGAGACCGAAAAACGGCAGAUCAGCGAGGCCUUCCGGCGCUUUGACACGGACCACUCUGGGCAUUUGGAUGAAGAUGAGUGUAAGAACAUGUGUGCCUAUUUAGGCUGGGGCUUGGAGGAGGCUAGCCUCAUCGAUCUGGACAAGGAUGGCCUCAUCAAGCUCCACGAUUUCCAGGGCUUCGUCGGACAUAUGGGAGGUGUUCAACAGCUCUUCGAACAUCGACGCCUGCGCAUCUCGUCCAGCCGCAAGGAUGUGUGUGAUCAUGCUGGUUUGGCUGUUGGCUCUCGUGUACGCGCACACUUCUAUUGCCAUGGCCACAAGAGCAGGUCCUGGAGAGAGGCUCAGGUGUUGGCUGUUGGCGUUGAAAAGCGGCCGCAAGGCUCCUUGGGCCCCGUGACCUACGGCGUUCUUUUAGAGUUCGGCUUCGGCUACUCCGAGAAGCAACGGCGCUGGCACGCCAGGCAAGUGGUGCCACCCACCUGGGUUUUAAGCAGUGUGGAGGAUGCUUCUGUACAGCUGGCUUUGCGUGAAAUUGGCCUACUGGAUGAGAGCCAAGCCUUCUGGGCCUUGUUGCUUCCGGAGUCCGAAAUGCGCGCCGUGGAGCGCCUCACGGAUUGUCAGCGAAAGGCGUUGGCCAAUGUGCGGCGCACCUGCACCAAAAGCCACGAGGACGCUUUGCCAGAGGUCAAGGAGCGUUUCGAGAAGCUGGGCUUCACCGGUCGAGAGCUGGAAACCACCCUCGGCUGGAUCCAGGAUAUGGCACCGGUGUGUAUCCACGUGAAUUUGGACCGCAUGGGGCACUUCAUGGAGAGCGAUGAGUUCUACCGGAACCAGUUCGAGACCAAGACCUCCAACGGAGCGUUGGAUCCGGAGAACAACACUCGAAAGGGAUGGGAGCGAGAGCUCUUCGACCACGCCUACGAGGACGCCAAGGGCUUUGACCGAGUGAAGUACGGCGCACUGAAUGUCAUGAACGACUAUCGAGGUGUGGUGAAAGCUCGGCAGUACGGCGAUUCCUACCUCGUGCUCAAGGAUGUGCGCUUGCGCUGCACCAUGUGCUCCACUGAUUCUGGAGGCAUGCGGCACAAUCGCUUGGGCGUGUUGGACAAGUAUGCACACGUGCUCAAGGAGUACAACGAGCGCGAGCUCAAGGGACUGGUGGAGGUGGCCAUGAACGCGACCGCGCCCUCCGACACCAUGGCACCUUCAAGUCCGGAGCUCUUGCGGGGCACCACCGCGGACCCCUUGAAAGAUUGGAUCACCAUCGGCUUCCCCCACUUAGCACAAGACAGUGGCCAGUGGUUCUUUGAGGUCCAUUUGCAUGAGGACUGUGCAGCGCCUCAAGUGGGCCUUCUAAGCAGCCAGUUUCAGAGACUACCGGGCACCAAGAGCAGCCAAGGCGUGGGGGACGACCAGCAUGGCUGGGCGGCAGACGGCUUGAGCGCCUCCCGCUGGCAUGGUGGCAGCAACCGCAGCUGGAGUCAAGUGUGGCCAGCCAAAGGGGCACAAGGAGCUCGGACCUUGAGCAGCCAGGUCUCGGUGAGCGUGGCCGUGGACCUGGGCCGUCGGCAGAUCUUCUUCGCCAGCGACGGGCAAUGGGAGGCACAAGCUGCCUUCACGGAGGAGGACAUCCCUUUGGGAGUUGCCCUCUAUCCAGCCAUGUCCGUGAAGGGCAAAGCCGCCUUUUGCUUUGGGCCUGAGUUCCACCACGGCCCGCCCCCCUUCGGCAGCUUCUCCCGGUGGCCCAACAUCUUUGGCAUCUCGCGGAUUGACAUGCCACGCAUCGGUGAUGAGGAGAUCUUGCAAUUGUACAAGGAGGUGCAGAUCCAUGGGGAAGUGAACCUGAAGAAACACGUGCAACGCUUGGUGGCGGCCAGCAAGUAUCGCGAAGUGCCCAAGACUCAGAGGUCUUAUGCGGUGCGAGUGACUGGCCCUGCGCGGGUGGCUGGAAAGUAUGAGCGUAUGGGCGCACAUGGAGAGAUGCCCUUGUACAAGGGAGAGGCGGGGCAGAAGAUCCAGUUCGAUCCCAGCGUUGGACUCUGGCAGAUGUGCGCUGCCGAAGACGAUUGCUUGUUCACCGCCAAGGCCUUGCCCGGGGUGGAAGAGCCCCCACGUGGCGGAUGGGAAGCACCAGAAGAGUCCUGGGGAUUUCUGCCACUGGACGUCUUUCGUCAGACGGUGUCUUCUUGGAAGCCCCGGCCCAUCUGCUCGCUGGGCCACGGCUUGAAGCCGGAUAAGCGCGGAAGCCACCGCUGUGAUCUGUGCGGGAAGAGUGGCACCGACUACCGGUGCUCGGGCCCUUGCGACUACGACCUUUGCAAAGAGUGCUGGGACCGAUCGUUGGACAGUUGCAGCUCCGAAGCGCCCGUCAGCGAGGAGCAGAUGGUUUCUUUGCUCGAAAAGCUCCAGGGGCAGGACUCGGCGGGGCAAGCGGUGGUCUUUCGCCGUCGUUCCCACGCCACGCUGGCGGCGGAGUGGCCCAAGCUGGGCUCCGCUUUGGGCUCCGCUGAGGAGCUUUGGUCCGAGGCUUUGGAACAGAUGAGAAAGGUGCUGAAAGAGGAAGCAGGGUUAAGUCAUGGACAGGUCCUGGAGACCAGCCAUCCCUAUGACGUCAAGCGCUUCAGCUGGCGGAAGGAAGUCCAUCUAGAUGGAGCCGAUGCUUUGGAGAUCUUCUUCCAUUCCAGGAGUUGUACCUUGGACCAGAAAGCACGCUUCCGGACGUUCACAGGAGGGCUCCGACGCCUUUGUGCCGGCAAGUUCAGUCGCGUCGAAGUGGCCGUGCCAGGCGGAAGUGACAAGGUCUGGGGCACCGUCUUGGAACGCGAAGAAGGUAAAUGGAUUGUUCACCUGGAUACUCAAGAAGCUUUGGGCGCGACUGAGCAACAGCCUUCGACCUGGCCUUCGGUGGGCGAAGAAGUGGAGGCCAAGUGCAACGGCGUCUUCUACCGAGCUACCGUGGCGGAAGUGCGUGAUGAUGGCACGUACUUGAUUGACUGGUUCGAUCGUUCCAGCAAGGAUCGGGAGAAGCAGCGGGCGGACUUGAGAAAACCGGUCCAGAGGCUUUUUGACCAUCGCAGCUUGGACGACUUGCCGCGCUUCGCCGCCUUCCAGGGCCGGAUUUGCAAAGCCAUUUGUUUGGACACGCCCAGCAGCAAGCACGUGAGAUAUGCGGCAGGAACCACGGAGGCUGAUGAACAGGGUGUGGGCCGAAUGGUUGGAGAUGAGAUUGGCGAGUUUGGUCUUGACUUGUCUUCUCCUUUGGCACCCUUGAGCAUCGCCUCCUUUGCCGGCCCUGGCCCAGCUCAGGAGCAAGGAAUUGAAGUGGGUUGGUACUUGGACUUAACCGCGAGUUUGGGAGCUUCCUGGCCUCAACUCUCCCAGAUCUUGGACUGCCUGGGUGGAGGCGACUCCAAAGCCUCCAAUCGACCAGCCUUCAUCGAGGCCUGUUUCCAGAACCUGAAGGAGGUGCAGCAGCGGUUGAACGAGGAUUUGCGGAAGAUGCGCGAUUUGACACUGGUCUUCACCAACAGCUGCUCGCAAUCUCAGGUGGCCAUACUUCCAGAAGCUCACGUGCAGUUCCCCACCGGCACGGCAGCCUCCACAGAGAUUCUGCAGACGGAGCUCCAACAGCAGAGCACCGUCCUCCCAGAUACCGUCACAGUGAGCUGUCACCCACAUGCGUUGGUGAAGUUCGACAAUGGCUCCACGACCUGGUACUGUGAUAACCAGUCACAUGUUUGCACGCGAUCGACCGAAGGGCCGAAGGUUCGUUGGAGCUGCCGCAUGUGUGGCUAUGACCAGUGUCGUGCCUGCGUCCAGCACUACAUGACCAGUAAGCCAUCAAGGAGUCCCUUCACGGUGUCCCUGAAACGCUUGGGUAAGAAGGGCCUGGUGUCUGGCGCUGGAGUGCGCGCAGGGUGGAACUUGGAUUUGGAGAAGACGUUGCACCUGAACCCAACGGUGAAGAACGAGAUCCCAGAGGCUUUCGAGACCUUGACAAGGUUUGUCAAAGAAGCGGAUCAGAAGGCGCCGGACGAAGAGCUCUCCAAAAAGGAUCUGAAAAAGAAGAGGAAAAAAGAACGGAAAAAGAAGAAGGCUGAAGAGAAAGCCGCUGCCGAGGCGGCCGCCACCGAGCCGCCCCCCGCCACUGUCACCUUUGCGGCGGACCUCGGUCCGUCGGAGGAGGCCUUCGCGACGGCGAUGGAGAAAGCGGCUGCGGACUUCGCGGCGUUUAUGGCUGAGUUGGAAGCGCCCAAGGCGGCGGCUGGAGAGGUGCAGCUCCAUGACCGAGAGUUCACCAUCAGCUUGGAGGAGAUGAUGGCUGGGCCAAUGGUGAUGAUGGAGACCGUGGGCAAAAAGAUGGAGGCGAUCAUGACCGAGCUUGGCUGGUCAGACCCCUUUGAGCUGCACAUGAUGCAUCCCACACUCUUGCCGGAGCCAGUGGUGAAGAGCGCCUCUGGCGAAGUGGUUGGCCCCGAGACGAUGAUGAUGGAGAUCUCAGGUGACGACCCCUUUGGCCCCGGCGGCAGCGCAGAGGGCAAAGAAUGCCCCUUCCCCUUGGUCUUCACUUUCAAGCUACCUCGGAAGGGCGAAGCACCCAAGACGACUGAAACAUCGACUGAAGCCAAGAGUGAGACCGAAGCAAAGCCAGAAGAGACGGCUGAAAAGACCAGCGAGGAGGCUCCAGUUGCCGGAGAGGGUGAGGAGGAGGGCGCUGAAGAGGAACACGAGGAAGAGACGAAGGAAGAGGAUCCCCAGGAUCCCAAGGAUGAACCGAAUGUGCAUCCAGUGAAGCCAGUGACUCACGAGGAAGCCCAGGAGAGUUUACAAAAGAUGCUGGAUUUGCCCGGCAUUUGUGUGGCAUUUCAACAUCCCAAGCCACAAUCGACUCAAGUUCACGAGUGCUUCGGCCAGAAGGAGAAGAGUUGCUGGAAGCAUUGCGAGGUGGCGGGUGACUACGCAGAGUUUGAAUUCUCCACCGAUGGUGACAAAGGUGAUUCACCAGAGAAGCGAUGGGGUGUCCUGGCUUUGAUCUUGCCUGCACCAGUGGAGCCAGAGGUGAAGGAGAAGGUGGAAAGCUUUUUGGCGACCUGGACCGAGAAGCUUGAGAAAGCCAAUGGGAAUCAGGAACAACCCCAGGUGGAGCGUGAGGGUUGGGAUGAAGCCCGCUUGCGAGCGCUGUGCGCGCGGCAUGGCUGGGAGUUCGAGUGGAUGACGGAGGAUGGCGAGAGACAACGCAGAGCUCGCGAGCGCUGGGACGUUCUCAAGUUGACCACCACGGCGCUUCCCAGUGACCCAGCCGAGCCAGACGGCACGACCGAGACCGCGGCCUGACCGGAGGCCGGUUCCGCCCGCCCUGUGCGCUGCGGUGCUUGGGGUGCGGAAGAAGGCGCUCAAAGGAGAUGAGAUAGGAUGAGAUAGGAUGAGAAGGGCUUUAGAAUGGUUGGAUGCGAGUUGCGCCACCAAGUAGUUUGCCAUUGUCACCAUUGCCGUUGGUGUGUUUGGUGUUGUUGUUGUGGUGGUGCUUUGAUUUUUAACUGCCUUGAUGUUGGGCUUGUUCGUUUGCAACGAGGGUCCUCAUGACAUUAGGUUGCUGAGUUGGCAGAAAGGUUCAGGGAGAUGGGGUUUGUGAGGAAG